AUGUCACAUUCAAGAGUACUAGUACCCAAGUCUAAGCAUAGUAGUAAUACCAACGGAUUUAAAACUAAACAAAUCAAACCAAGAGCUAAAAGAUCAAGAAAUGGUUGUUUUAGUUGUAAAAAACUAAAGAUUAAAUGUAAUGAAGAUAAACCAAUUUGUGAAUACUGUCUUCAAACCAAGAAGGAAUGUAUUUAUCCAGAUAAUGUUAAUGCAGGUGAACAGCAACAACAAUUGGUUAGUCUAAAUAAUAAACCUUUACAGAGAUUAAAUUCAGUUUCAUAUCAAUUGGAUGUAUCAAAAUUAGAAUUAAAAUUAUUAAAAUUUUAUAUUGAAUUUAGUGGUAAAUUUUUCGCUAUAGCAAUGAAUGAACGGUUUCAUAAAUUUUGGUGUGAUGAUAUUCCGAAAUUAUGGUGUUGUUCAGAUAUUAUCAAGAAUUCAAUAUAUUCAGUAAGUAGUGCAAAAUUAUUAUCAUGUUAUGAUCCAAUGGUUUAUGAAGAUGUUGUAUUCAAUAAUGAUGGGAUUGCAGAGUAUAAUAAUGCGGAUGGACAAUUAAAUCUAAAGAAAAUAUCAAUAGAUUAUAUGAAUAAAACUUUUGAAUUGAUUGAUUUAUAUCAAUUAAUGAUUGAUGAUUCAAAUUCUAAAAAUAUUUAUGAUGUUGAAGAUAUAAUGGGUCAAUUAUUAAUUGCUAAAAGAUUGGCUACAGGUACAAGGAUUUUAUUACCAGAACCAAAAUUGGGGAAUGAAAAAAUUAAGGAUUUUGCCAUUAUGAAUGUUAUGAAUGAAACUUAUAAAUUUUCCAAACAUUUCACAAAACAUGUACCAAUUUUAAAACUUUCAAAUAAAUAUUCAGAUCUUUUUGAGCCUGAAAUCAUACCGGAACUUGAUUAUAAUAUACUUUAUAGGAAAAUGGAAUUAAAUUUCAUAAAACAUUUGGAAGUAUAUGUUUUACAAAAUGUUGAUACAUUUGAUAUUAAAACAAUUUUAUACAAUACAGCUAUAUCAUAUUUAGAGAAUGGAUGUUAUAGUACAAUGUAUUAUAAAUAUCCAAUUGCAUUGUUUAAAUCCAUCAUUUACAUGUCUGGUGAUAUGGAUUUCAUCAAGUUGUUGGAAAAUGAAGAUCAUAUUUCAUUAAAAGUCUUGUAUUAUGCUUGUUGUUUAUGUUCAAUUUUCCAUUAUCAAUUAUAUGAACGGAGUGGGUUUUUCAUUGAGUUUAUAAAUUACUAUAAAGCUCAUUGUCAAAGACUGUUUGAUGGAUGGGAAGAUUCAAUUGACGAGAAUAUUUAUGGGUGGGUAUUGGGACGAACACAGAGUCGAUUCCCGUUUGAAUUGGAGCAUAUUCAAAGCGUUGGAGAGCCGAUUGGGGAGUAUUUGGUGAGUGGUAUUGAGGUGAUAAAAUAG